AUGAACUUAUUCAACUCAGCACUCGGGGAAAAUAUCACGUUUUUGCGCCCUGCAUACUUCUUAAUAAGUGGUUUAUCCGGCAUCCAGGAUUUGAAACAUUACUAUGUCUUUCUGUGUUUUGUUUAUAUUGUGUCUGUGCUGGGAAACACAACUGUGAUGGCCGUAAUAUACUUGGAUCAUAAUCUGAGAACUCCUAAAUAUGUUGCAGUUUUUAAUUUAGCAUUUGUGGACUUGUUGGGUAGCUCUACUCUGAUGCCGAAGCUUAUUGACAUCUUUCUGUUUAACCAUCGCUACAUCUCCUACAACGACUGCUUGGCUUUCUUCUUUUUUUGCUACACCUUCCUUUGCAUGCAGUCAUUUAAUCUGCUUGCACUCUCCUAUGACAGAUUGAUUGCUAUAAUCCAUCCUCUGCAAUAUCAUGUAAAGGUGACCCACAGGUUCAUGCUGUCUUUGAUUGCCUUUUUCUGGGUCUUUGCAAUUACUGUUAAUCUUGUUGCAGUUGGUCUUCUUACCAGACUUUCCAUCUGCAGGUCUGUGGCUAUUAACAGUUAUUUCUGUGACCAUGGCCAGAUAUACAGGCUGGCUUGCAAUGACAAUUUCCCCAACUAUGUUAUUAGUUGUCUGUUCCCUGUUCUUAUUUUUUGGCUUCCAUUCCUUUUCAUUUUGUUAAGUUAUUUAUAUAUUGGCUGCACUUUGGCUAAAGUGGCCACUGUUCAGGAAGGUCUCAAAGCUUUUAAAACAUGCACCGCUCAUCUCUCAUUGGUGGCAAUAUAUUUCAUUCCAGUGUUAAUCACAUUCACUCUGAUGGAAAAAAUCAAUCCAAAUGCCAGGAUCAUGAACUUGUCUUUGACCUCUAUUCUUCCUCCUACGUUGAACCCAAUCAUUUAUGUUCUGCAGACACAAGAAAUCAAAAAAUCUGUUAAAAGACUAUUGAAAAUGAGAGGAAAACCCCAAAUGAUAAAUAAUUGA